CUUAUAUAUAUGUGCAUGACUCAAUUUCAAAUAAUAAUCCAAUCUCAUCUCAAUACACACAUACAAACACCUUUGCAUACGAUUUUCCUUAGCUUUUAAAAGAGAGAAACUUGUAAUUUUUCGAAGAAUGAGUCAAUUCAGCCAAAACCAAUCUGCAGGAGCUUAUCCUACGCCUCCAGUGUCAACCGGUCCCUACGUAGCACCACCUCCUGCCGGUUAUCCAACGAACGACACGAGUCAUGCCACGAUGGCUCCGGUCGAGACAAAGUCUAAGGGUGAUGGAUUCUUGAAAGGCUGGUUAGUCCCAACUUUUUCUUUUCUUCAAAAAAAUGUUAAAUUGAUUUUAUUAUAGCUCAACGUAAACCGGACAAACACGUUUUGUUAAAUAUCGAACCAUAAUUAUUGAUUACUCUUUUUCUUCUUAAUGCAGUCUUGCGGCCAUGUGUUGCUGUUGCGUCCUCGACGCCUGCUUCUGAUUUCAGAGGAGUUCACUGGUUUAUUUGAUAGUCGUGUGGAUGAUUUAUAUUGAUUUUUUUUUUUGUUCUACUAAACCAUGUUUAGGAGUCGAUUAGUUUAUAUAUCAUUUAGAAUGCCUUUCUUAUUCGUUAAUUCAUUUCUUUUAUUUAUCUUUGGUUUGUAUUGUUGAAUCUAUCAUUUAAUAAAUUGUUUUUCUUAGACA